AUGCCUUUGGUGUUGAAAAACCUGUACACUGGAGUUGAUGAUGCUUCAAAGAAUUUCCGUACAUGUGUUAGGACUUAUAACAACACAUUUGCUUUUACUUCGCUUGGCAUUCAUCAGUAUGAUAAAAAUCUUUGUAAGCGUAAUAAAGGCAUAUAUACGUUCAAAGUUCAAGGGCAAAUAUAUCAUUUUAUCAAUGACUUAUUGCCUGAUGGUUGUCCGCCGCGCAAUUUGCAACUCUAUUUUUAUGACACUGACCAUGAAAUUCAAAAUCGAGUUGAAAGUGUUGCUAGAUUGGAAGAGAACAUUGUCAAAGCUUUGAUAGAAGUCAUGUCUUGCAAUCCAUACGCAACUUUCUUUAGAAGUCUUAAGGAUGUUGUUCACUCUGAUGACUUUAGUAUUUUGUUGAACUCUUCACCUUCAUUGGAUCAAAGACUUUAUAAUUCGCCAACUGCUUCUCAAGUUGCUGCUGUAUGGAUUGAAGACUAUGAUGGAGUUGAAGAUAAUAGGAAUAUUAGGGUAUAUGCACAUUGUGGUCGGUCACAAAAUAUUCAAUACUAUUAUGGUUGUUAUGAUCCAUUACAAUACCCUUUGUUAUUCCCAUUUGGUGAUGUUGGAUGGCAUGAGGGUAUUCAAAAAGUCUUGCAAUCGAGGAAUUUACAACCUCUUGGUUAUGUAAAUUCUUUAUCUAUUAAUGCAAACACUCAAUUAUCUGUUGAUGAUCUAAUUCGAGCAGAGGAAGCGGUGUUUCGAGAAGGUAGGAAGCGCUCCUCAAUAUCGUGCAGAGAAUAUUAUGCAUACAAAUUUCAAGUUCGAGCAAGUGAUAAUUCUCUAUUAUUACAUACUGGAAGAUUAUUUCAGCAAUUUAUUGUUGACAUAUAUAUUAAAGUUGAAACACAAAGGCUAGAUUAUUUUAGGAAAAAACAACAGUUGUUUAGGUCUGAAAACUUUCAAGGCCUCGUUGAUAGCGUUGGAACAGGUGCUGUGUUUGGUAAUGAGGUCGGACGCAGGGUUAUUUUGCCAUCGUCAUUCAUUGGAGGUCCUAGAGAUAUGCGUGGUCGAUAUAUGGAUGCAAUGUCCCUUGUCCAAAACUUUGGCAAACCUGAUAUGUUUUUAACCAUGACAUGUAACCCUAAUUGGCCUGAAAUUAAAGGGCUUUUGCAAUACAAUGACGACGCACAAAAUAGGCCUGACUUGAUUGCAAGAGUGUUCCACGCAAAAAUGCAGGAACUUAAGAAUGAUAUUACAAAGAAACAAUUUUUUGGCGAAGUUGCUGCAUACACUUAUAAAUACCAGAUAAACAUCUUCAACCUGCGUUGUACGAUCUUGUAA